AUGUUCUUCUUGUUAUUUUGUAUUAUUACGCGUGUGAGCGUUAUUUCUUUCACUAUCUUCCCUUUCUUUCUUUCUUUCUUUCUUUCUUUCUUUCUUUCUUUCUUUCUUUUUUUUUUCUUUCUUUCUUUCUUUGUUUCUUUCUUUCUUAUUAUGCAUUCUAACCUCUCCCCGCCACUGACCUCCAAACUACCGCUUGCGGUGUUAGUGGAUGUUGACACGGUGACGCCUUCCUUCCUCCCUCCUUUCUUUCCUCCCUCCUCUCCUCUCCUUCCUUCCUUCCUUCCUUCCUUCCUUCCUUCCUUCCUUUAUCGCCUCUUAUACACGGUGGCUUCUUUCUCUCUUUUUGUCGCCUAUUAUAAUCUAUGUGCAUCUUUCUUUCUUUCUUUCUUUCUUUCUUUCUUUCUUUCUUUCUUUCUGUUUCUUUCAUUCAAUUCUAAUCUUACUUUUUCUUUCACUUCUAUGGUUUCUUUCUUCCUUUCUUUCUGUUUGUUUCUUUCAUUCAAUUCUAAUCUUACCCUUUCUUUCACUUCUAUGAUUUCUUUCUUUCAUUCUUUCUUUCUUUCUUUCUUUCUUUCUUUCUUUCUCACCUCUUAUAAUCAAUGA